AUGUGGUAUCUUCGCAUCAACCUGGUUUUCGUCGUUGCAGGUGUUGUUAUACCCGGGCACUCGGGAUACAGACAUCAGCACAAAAGAGCCUUCGUCAUGGGUUCUAUUAGUAUCACCGUGCCGACUCUCUCCACCGAUAACCCCACCGAUAAGCUGGGUGAGGUGAAGCCCUUGAAAGACAUCCGAAUCAAUGUCAAGUCAACAGACUUUGUGGAAGACGCGAAUAGAACAGGCUACACCAUCAUUGAGGAACCGAGCAGAAGUAAGCGUCAAUUGCGAAUUCUCUGUGUCGGUGCUGGUGCCAGCGCCAUCAACUUUGCCCACGAGGUGCAGGAGAGCGAUCUCGACUUGGAUCUUGUCUGCUACGAGAAAAACGAUUCCGUUGGGGGUACCUGGUAUGAGAACAAGUACCCAGGCUGCGGAUGUGAUAUUCCGUCUGUCAAUUACCAGUUGUCCUGGGCUCCUUCAGCAGAGUGGACAUCCUUGUAUGUCUCCCCAAUUGUUACAAGACCAAUAAUUACCACUGACACUAGAAAUUGUAGCUACUCAAGUGCAUCCGAGAUCUUGGCUUAUUUUAAGGGUGUUGUGGAUGACUAUGGCCUCAUGCGCUACAUAAAGUUAUCACACCGCGUAGUAGGUGCCUUUUGGAAUGAGGAGGAGAAGAUGUGGCACGUCAAAAUCCAGCGAGGAGAUGAUCCCAAUGAUGUGUUCGAGGACAAGGCCCACGUUUUUAUCAACGCGACAGGCGUUCUCAACAAAUGGAAGUGGCCUGCAAUCAAAGGCCGCGAGCUUUUCCAGGGACCAAUGUUGCAUAGCGCAAACUGGGAUUACUCGAUUGACCUUAAGGGCAAGAAGGUUGGAGUCAUCGGUUCUGGCUCGUCGGCAGUUCAGAUUGUGCCCAGUAUCCAACCGAGUAAGUCAUUUUAG